UAAAACUUAAAAAAUUUAUAUCAUUCCUUUUUCUUAGUUUAAAAAACUAACAAUUUUUCUCACAAUUACACUUUGAAAAAUUCACUUUCCCACCUUCUAGGUUUCAUCUUCAGUCGAUGAUCUUCUAAAAUUCGACCAAAGAUUUUUUUUAACAAAGGACGACCCUUCGUUGUCUAGAUUGGGAAUAAAUGAUGAAAGACAACGCUUUGUUGUCCUUCAUGGUAGUGGGUGGUCGUCUUUCGUCAUCCUUCUUGGGCGGAUCUAGAAGAUAGGUGGAAAGCGUCUAUUGUUGGCUAGAUUGGUGGUGGUCGGAGAAGGGAAAACAAGCCAUGUGAUUUUUCAAACUUUGAGAAUAGGGGUAAAGUGUUAGUUUUUAAAAUUUGAAAGAAAAAAUGAUAAAAAUUUAUAAAGUUUUAGGAUUUAGGGGUAAAUUUUACCUCAACCUCUAACUAAAAAUUUUGAUAGCAAUUAACCCAUGAGUGGGUAUUUAAGUUUUUUAUUUACUGCAUGUAUGCUUUUAAGAUUAAACUAAAACUUGAGUGGGAAAUAAUCCUGUGGCUACAAAUGAAUUACAAGAUAUUUUGGCACUUUCAUAUGCAACAGGAGCUAAUGAAAACCCAGAAAGUAAAGUGUGACUUAAAUGUUCCGGUCACAAUUUUUAGAGAAUAACCCAAUGACGCUACAUGCUUUAUUUCUUAUAAACAUGACCCGGUAAAAUUACAAAUAGGACUUUUCACUCUGACUUUUGCAGAACUCUCCCGACUUCUUUAAUAUCUCCUCCUAAACUGAACUUUCUUCUUUCCUUAAUACGUCUUAAUCAUUAAGGAAAUCAUAAUAAAAUAUCUGCACUGUAACAGUGUAUUGUCAGUUUAUUGCUAUGAGAAACAUAGUAGAGGGAAGUUGACAGCCUAGAACUACUUUGUAGUUCAUUUGCUUGAAUUGAUGGCUUCUUCUUCUUCAUUAUCUCUUCAUGUUCUUUUACUUUUCACCAUUCUUGCAACAUUAGCAGCAUUAUUAGAGUCCAAGCCAACAUUUCAGCUUCCCGGAGCUUUUUAUGCCCAGUCUUCAGUCAAGAAAGUCAAGGCUCCAAAGCCAAAGAUUCCAUACACUGCUCAUUACUUCCCUCAAGUGUUAGACCACUUCACUUUUCAGCCAAAGAGCUCAAAAACAUUCCACCAGAAGUACCUCAUCAACAGCCAUUACUGGCACAAAGGAGCUCCCAUCUUUGUCUACACUGGUAAUGAAGGUGACAUUGAAUGGUUUGCUGCAAACACUGGCUUCCUUCUUGACAUUGCUCCCAAGUUCAAGGCUCUCCUCGUUUUCAUCGAGCAUAGGUUUUAUGGGGAGUCAAUGCCAUUUGGGAAGGACUCAUACAAGUCUGCAGAGACAUUAGGGUACUUGAAUUCACAGCAAGCUUUGGCUGACUAUGCAGUUUUGAUAAGAAGUUUGAAGCAAAACCUAUCCUCUGAAUCAUCCCCAGUUGUGGUCUUUGGUGGUUCUUAUGGGGGAAUGCUGGCCAGCUGGUUUAGACUGAAAUAUCCCCACAUAGCCAUUGGUGCUCUGGCCUCUUCAGCCCCCAUUUUGCAGUUUGAUAAGAUUACUCCUUGGUCAAGCUUUUAUGAUACUGUUUCCCAGGAUUUCAAGGAUGCAAGCAUGAAUUGCUAUGAGGCAAUAAAGGGAAGCUGGGCAGAAUUGGAUGCACUGUCAGCCCAGAAUGAAGGCCUGGCUGAACUAAGCAAAAUAUUCAGGACUUGCAAGGACCUGCAUUCUGCAGAUUCUGCUAAAAAUUGGUUGUGGGAUGCUUUUGUUUGCACGACAAUGGUGAAUUAUCCAACAGAAGCCAAUUUCCUGAUGCCUUUACCUGCCUAUCCUGUGCAGCAGGUGACACUUUCACAUAUGAUGUGCAAAAUCAUUGAUGGAAUGGCACCAGAGUCUACCAAGCUUCGCAGUGCAAUUGCAGCUGCAAGCUUGUUUUACAACUAUUCACAGACUGAAAAAUGUUUUGACAUAGAACAUGGAGCUGAUGCUCAUAGCUUUGAUGGUUGGAACUGGCAGGCGUGUACAGAGAUGAUAAUGCCGAUGACUAGCUCUAACAAGAGUAUGUUUCCUCCGUUCGGCUUCAAUUAUAGAGAUUUUGAAGAAGACUGCAGGAAAAAUUUUGGAGUUAUGCCUCGACCGCAUUGGAUCACUACAGAAUUUGGUGGCAAUAGGAUUGAGCUUGUGUUGAAGAGAUUCGGAAUCAACAUAAUAUUUUCCAAUGGGAUGCAGGAUCCAUGGAGUGGAGGAGGUGUGCUGAAGAGUAUAUCUUCUAGUAUUAUAGCUCUUGUCACAAAGAAAGGAGCUCACCAUGUUGAUUUUCGAUUCGAGACAAAAGAUGAUCCAGAUUGGCUUAUAAACCUUAGAAGACAAGAAUUUGAGAUCAUUCAGAAGUGGAUAGAUGAGUACUACGCAGAUUUAAGACGAACAAAAAAUCAAUGUUGCUAGAAGUUUGUGUUGAGUCUUGACAGUCCCAGAUCUGUAAUAACUUGCAGAAGUAGUAAAUCAAUGUUCUAAACCUAGUCAGUAAAACGGGAUCUUUAAUUCACAUUUUAAACACAUCGUUCUAAAUUUUUUAAUCUAUAAUAUGUUAAACGCAUAUUUUAUAUGUUUCAUA